UGUGGUGAAAAUGCAAACAAAAACAUUCUCCGGUAAUAUAUAUGUGCAUUGUCUUUGAAACCUAUAAUUUGAUGCCGCCAAGAAAGGUCCCAAAGAUUCUGAUGUGAGUAAACGCCUGGCAAUAAAUGAAAGCAACCGAUAAUAUGCAGCAUUUAUAUUAAAAGUCCGUAUAUAGCACUUUAUUUAACGUGUGAACUUUAUCGUGUGCAAUGCAGGGUACACUAACGCCGACUAACAUUGAACAGCCGCAAUGUCGACGGUGUUGCUAGAUUUAGUAUCGAACGCAGCCGACAAACAGCUCCGAGUGAUGGAUAACGGAAGCUCUUCGUCGUCUUCGUCGAUUGCGCUCAACAUUUUAGACAUCUCUCGCGAGGCAAGCUGGCUCAUAUUUAGCGCGCUGCAUUUGUGCUUCCUCUUCAUCCUCGUGUCGAACAUCGUCAUUCUCAUCGCGGUGGUGCUCAGCCCAGAGCUGCACAAGCCGAUGCACAUGUUCCUGUGCUACCUGGCAGUGGCGGACAUCGUAGGCAGCGCGACCAUCAUCCCCAAACAGCUGCAAAUCCUGGCGAGCGGCUGCAGCGAUAUUUCGUACGUGGGCUGCAUGGGCCAGGCCUUCUGCAUCAACAUGUUUGUCAUCGCCGAAUCGCUCUCCCUGUCGUUCAUCUCAACCGACCGAUACCUGGCCAUCUGUAAGCCUCUGCACUACCACGCGAUCCUCCCGCUGAAGCGCUCCGUGUACAUCAUAAUCCUGGCCUGGCUUUCCACGGUCGCCGCCUGCGUGGCCAUACUUGUGUACACGCUGAGCUUGCAGAUGAAGGACGGCAACAGGAGCAUCGACGCUGCUUUUUGUUACUCGAUAUACAUCGUCAACUUAUCUGUUUCUGAUACGACCAGCACCAGGAUGCUUUUGUCAGCGUGUAUCGUUAUGUUUAUUGGGCUGCCUCCACUGAUUUUGAUGUACACUUUCAUCAGGGUCUGCCUAGAGUUCACAAAACCAAGCUCGCCCGCGCUAAGUAAGAAAGCCAAGGAGACGCUCGUAACGCAGCUGCUAGUGACCUCGAUUUACUUCAUUUCUCUGUUAACCAUUAUCGUUCGAGGGAGGUUAAUUCGGUCCAGCGGCGGUGGCACCGAGAAUAAGAGCGUGAACUAUGUCAUCGAGCUCUCAAUCCUCGUUCCGAUGGCGGUCAAUGUCAUCAUAUUUGGACUUCGCAUCACCGAGUUGAGAAAAGCCAUCGCGAACCUUUUCCAGAGACGUUUCACGAUCUUGCCAAUUGACGUGAAGUCCAAAAAGAUUGGUCUGCAGACUCGACACGGCUAAUGAAACGAAUGUCUGCUAGAGACCCAUCUCCACCAGGGCCCACAGAAGUCAGCUCCUUGAAGGUCCCCCCCCCUCUCUACUACUCUCGCUAAAGUUGAAUCCCAAGCACACGUGUAGUAAGUUGCCACCUGUCCGGGAGGAAUUGGUAUCGGUGUUUGGGUGGCAGACAAACAUCGUACCCAGAUCUGGUGCAUGUAUUGUGCUGAACCUUAUUACAAUGAACUGCACAAUUAUAUUAAUAGAUCCAGGCUGAGAAAUAUAUCCUGGUUUAGCCUGUUGCCAAGUUAGCUAUUAUAAGCUCACUGCGUCAUGCAAGUAAAACUUAAUCUAAAAUGUGAGUGCAGUGUCAAACCAAUAUUUAAAACCAAUACUUUACCACUCCGACCAUAAUCAUUAAAAUAUGCAUACAUGAACAUGUUUAUAAACUUAAUUUACAGUUUCAAAUGAGAACUGAUAAUAAGGGUGUAUAAAUCCGUUGCAAGUAAAAUUAAGUUUUUUUUAUUCAAUAUGGUACAAAACAAUUCCCCGUUUUGUAAAUUAACAUUGGCUGCACUCCCAAGAUAGUUUGAAGUUGAUCAGUGACAUCUGUGAGUCCGGAUUAAUUAAAUGGGAAGUGUAUUCUUCGGGAAACACCGCAGAAAAAUAACAUAAUAUAGACAUGCCAGCCAUACCUCGUAGAUAACGCUUCCUCUUAUAACGCUGUUUCAUAAUGACGUUCAUUUACAGAAAAAAAAGUGGGCGUGGCGUUGCCUGUAGGGGCGCUUCUCUGCCAAUAUAUGGUCUUGUGCAACCUGAAUCAAAGUGUCUAUUGUAUCGAUUAUGCUCAUAGUCCAUCCGACAACCACGUUAGAUUAUCGAUAAUACGCAUCCAGGCGACGCGUAUUGGGAAUGCUAAUAAGUGCACACGCUGAGCGCAAGGGCUCAGCCAUUAAGUAAAUGUGACGCGUGUGGUUUAUCUGUGGACAUUUAUAGCAGUCAAAUACUCUUAAACGUGUGAUGCUGAUACUAAAUGCGGAGGGGAAAAGCGGAGAACCCAGAGAAAAAUCCACGCGAC